CCCAAGGACAACCUCCACAACCAUCACGAUGUGUGGCAGCUACUACGGAAACUACUAUGGCGACCAUGGCUAUGGGUGCUGUGGCUACGAAGGCCUAGGCUAUGGCUAUGGAAGCCUGGGCUGUGGCUAUGGCUCCUGCUGUGGCUAUGGUUAUGGCUACGGCUCCCGCUUCUUCUGUGGCUGUGGCUAUGGAUGCGGCUCUGGCUACUACUAUUGAGGACACUGUGGGAGACUCAUCCUCUAUCCUGUGACAUCGGGAUUCACCAAUUCUGAACCCUGUAUGCUCUGAGCUCGGGGCUGGAUGAAGAUUAUC